CGCGGUGACUGCCUCACCAAGCCGUCCAUUUUCUUAGCGCAGGCAAACCGCCAGUGAGGUAGGCUGGUACCCACUCACGACUCUGGCCCUCACAUUCUGCGGCGUCAUUUUCAGACCCUCUUCGACGACACGUUCAUUAUUUCGACAGUCAGAUUUCCGCCCUGUUAUUCCCUCUCAUCCAUGGUCCUGGCGUAGGUCACGAACCUGGACCUCCUCAUUACCUGUCCCUCCGAGCACUCCCGCCCGGGACAUGCCCGCUUCCUCUCAAAAACUUCCCAAUCACCAAAACCAACACCUCUCACAAUCCAAGGAUGAUUUAGGCAGGCAUCUGCGCUCCGCUUCUCCUGCUGUUAAGAGGCCGGCGUCUGAUAUGGGGGCCCAGGAUAGAGAGUCCUACAACAGUGACGUAGAAAUGGGCGAGGGUCAAAUACCGGGCUCUGGGUCUGGGUUCACGCCCGUCAACCCGGACACCGCGCCGACGGGUUCUCAAGACACUCUGAAGGCGAAGCAACAAGACACGGGCUCGAGACAUCGCGACAUACUAGCGACGAAUCGACUGACCCACACAAGUGAUCCUCGCGCCGUCCAGCAAAGCGCGGCGGCUUUGUCUGACAAUAGUGGCAGUUCGACCACAGACUCCCUCUUUCCUAGUCCCUCCAACCGUUCCACUGCGGCCACCUCGCUGAACGCUGAUGUCCUCCCCACUGCUACCUCCAUACCUCCUAUCGACGACCAGAUCGCGCAGGUGACGGCGCUGUGGCAGAAGGAGCUGGAAGAAGGCCAGAAGGGUUACCUCAUCUCUGCAAAAUGGUUUCAGAAAGUCCAAGCCCGUGGUUCUCUUCCUGCUGACGUGGGAAAGAUUGAAAAAUCAGCGACCGAAGGUGAAAUUGGACCUGUGGACAACUCGGACAUUGCCAUGGUGAUUGACGAGGAUGUCAAGUUGACGGAUGAGGCUGGCGAAAAAUAUGUGCCCCUUCGACCGGGCCUGACGUUGGACGAAGACUACCGGGUUUUCCCUCAGGAAGCUUGGGAUCUGAUAAUCUCCUGGUAUGGGCUCGCAAAAGAUUCACCUGUCAUAACCAGAUACGCCCACGAUUGGAGCGGUGCAGAAGCAGCAAUGCCGAACGUGACCUGGGAACUGAAUCCGCCGCUCUUUUCUUUCCUCAAAGUGCCUAGUGAGCACACCACCCAGACCCAACGAGAAAAGGAUCUUCCACCUCAACGAAUGAUUGCAAGCAAGAAGACGUUGUGCAACGACUGGCUGAAGGAAGGCAAGAAGCUCCUGCAUAUCGACUUGAACACCAAAGUAAGAGUGUGGAGAAUCCUCGGCGGCUUGAAAAAUGCCACUGCUUCAGGUGGUCUCACUCCCUCUGCUUCCAGAAGUGUUUCCCCAGCCCCUGGUGCUGAGAUCGUGGCCACCGCAGGAGACAAGAUGCUCCUUGAUGUCAACACCUUCGUACACCUUCAAGUAGGCGAGCACCGAGAGCUCCUUACGGAGAUCAAGGACAACACUGCGAACCCUAAUUACAAUGGAAAGACGUCGACCUUGAGCCUUGUCGGUCUGGGCAGGAACGAGGAAGUGAUUGUGCUCGAGGAACAAAAAUCUGGGAAGGAUGAAUGGCCAAGUGAAAGUUCCAAACUCAACCUGACCAAAGGCAUUAAGGGCGCAGCUAAAAACCUCACCCCUAGUGGUAGAUCCAGCCCAGCUCCUGGCAUAAUGACGCGGGGACGGCAGAAACGGGACGGGAGACCACGCGGCAUCACUGGACUAAGCAAUUUGGGAAACACAUGUUACAUGAAUUCGGCCUUGCAAUGCAUCCGCAGUGUCGAAGAGUUGACGCAGUACUUCCUCCACGACCAAUGGAAGCAGGACCUUAACGUGGACAAUCCUCUUGGUCACCAUGGCGAGAUUGCAAAAGCCUACGCCAAUCUCCUCCACCAGAUUUACGACGAGAACGCCUCUUCGACGAACCCGAGCAGGUUCAAGGCAACCAUCGGGAAGUACGGGUCCAGUUUCUCUGGGUAUCAGCAACAAGACUCCCAGGAGUUUCUUUUGUUCCUGCUUGACGGUCUCCAGGAAGAUUUGAACCGUAUCCAGAAGAAGCCAUACAUCGAAAAGCCGGACUCCACAGAUGAAAUGGUUCACGACAGCGCAGCCCUCCAGUCUUUCGCUCAGAAAAACUGGGAGAUUUAUAAGGCGCGAAAUGAUUCUGUCGUCACGGAUCUUUUUGCUGGAAUGUAUAAAUCGACCCUGACCUGCCCCGUUUGUAACAAAGUCAGCAUCAUCUUCGAUCCUUUCAACAACUUAACCUUGCAACUACCCAUCGAGAACAACUGGCAGAAAGAGAUCCUGUAUUUUCCGCUCCAUAAACGACCCAUUCGAAUUGACAUAGACAUUGACAAACAUUCGACAAUCAAGGCUUUGAAGGAGUUUGUUGCUUUGAGGACGCAUGCGGACGUGGAACGGCUGCUUGUUGCAGAGUCUUACAAAAACAAGAUUUACAAGAUCUUUGACAACAACAUCGUCAUCUCUGAAGCAAACAUCCAACCCAACGACAUCAUCUGCAUGUACGAACUCGAAUCCGUCCCAACCAACUACAAUCCAAACAAGGCGCGAAAGUUCAGCUUGUACUUGACCAAAAGUGAUGCAGACGACGACUUGGUUGAUGCAGACAGCCCGGAGGCCGACCUGCUCCUUGUACCAGUGUACAACCGACUGGUCAAAAAUCCUUCUGCACGGGUAGCCUCAAAACCGUUCUUUGGCCAGCCGACGUACCUCGUGCUAAGUCGCGAAGACAGAUCGACCUACGAUGGUGUCCUGAAGAAGAUUCUUGGAAAUGUUACAGGGAUGACAACCAAGAAGAUACUUGAUGAAGAGUACAAUCCGUCGGAAGAUGGGGUGGGGACACCGGAAGGGUCAGACACUAUGGUCAUGACGGACGACAUGUCCAGUUCUGGCUCGGGUCUUCCUACAGCCAACUCUGUGCAAGGCGAAGAUGGCCUCGUAGAUGUAUCCAUGCGAGACGCUAGUCAAGCUCCUGAGCUGAGGCCUCAGCCCACCGACGCUGGUUUACAGAAGCUACUGCACUCUAAUUCGCCCAUACCCCGUCGUUUCCAACAGCUUUUCGACGUUCAGGCCACUACCACUGGGGAGGGCAUUCCCACUGGCUGGAGUCAGAUCUCAGAGAGUGGAGAAUACGAGUGUAUCAAGAACAGAAUCCCCAAACCAGUAUCUCGUUCGACGAAGUCAACUGGCGCCCUUGCUCUUGCGAAUGGUGAGAGCGGCUCUGCAGAGAGUGACGAUGAGCUUGCAGAUGUUGAGAAUGACGACACGCCUAUGGACAGCAACGAGUCUGGAUCGGAAGCCAGCCCAGUCAUCCCCUCUGGUCCUGACUCCGAAUCCGAGUUGCAAGAACCCCAGGAGAUCCUGCCCAGCCGGAAUAAGAAAGCGAACAAGUACGGCAAGAAUAAAAACAGGGGUAAGUUCUCCGCCAGACGCGCGCAUCGCCGAUCACCUUUGCCGCCUCCUCAACCGUUACCCAAAGCCCAAACCGGCGACCUCAUCCGACCGGGCGAAGCCAUCAUCCUCGACUGGAGCCAAGAGGGCUAUGAUGCUUUAUUUGGCGGCGGCGAUGAUGGCGUCGAGGGCUUUCGCGGCCUGCCGACAUGGAAAAGCGUGGGUCUUCUGCCCGACGCAGAGAUUGCGGCGAAACGCGAGCAGCGAAACAAUCGCAAGAAGCAUGGCAUCACGUUGGUAGAUUGUCUGAACGAAUUUGGCAAAUCCGAAACGCUAUCUGAGCAGAACGCUUGGUACUGUCCUCGAUGCAAGGAACACCGCCGAGCCGACAAAAUGUUUGAGUUAUGGAAAGCACCCGAUAUCCUUGUCAUGCACCUUAAGCGGUUCAGUUCUAACAGAAACUUCCGCGACAAACUUGAGGUGAGAGUUGAUUACCCCACAGAAGGACUCGAUCUUUCGGAGAUGGUGAGAGAUCAGCAAGAUGGCAAGAGCUUGGUGUAUGACUUGAUCGCCGUUGACAACCAUUACGGAGGCUUGGGAGGCGGUCACUACACGGCGUACGCGAAGAACUUUUAUAACAACAGCUGGUAUGAAUACAAUGACUCUCAUGUCUCGUCGAAAACGGACCCGAGAUCGGUCGUAACCAGUGCUGCGUACCUCUUGUUCUAUCGUAGACGGUCGGAGCACCCUUUAGGUGGAUCCAAGCUUCAGGAACUCCUCGAAGAAUCGAACACCAACAACAACGAUGCCGCAGCCGACUCUGAACUGCCGCAAGACUCGCGUGACUCUUCUCCGGUGACGGGGGAAGGUCGGCGUCUCGGCGACUCCUCCCACAAUGGGUCGUCGAGCGCUUUUCCAGUCGGUCACGGUCACCGCGUGGGAGUGGGACCGGGUGGCUCGGCGCCGGGAGAAGGAAGUCGGCAGACUCGAGGUCUAUUAGCCGGAACAGAAAGUCCACCGAGCUUGAUGCUGCCAACAGCAGCCAGUAGUGGUGGCGAAUUCGAGCAGCCUCCAGGAUAUGACGACGCCCCGGCAGAAGCUGACGUCGAUGAAGGUGUCAGCAUGGAUUUCCAGUGGUCACAGCAGACGUGGGAUUUUGCGCGCUUAGAGACCUCGACGCAGCGAGCGCCAGCCAAUUCGGAAGAGGAAGGAAUGUUUGGUGACAAGGGCAGUUCCAACGACAGUACGCGCGUUGAAGGGAAUGAUUGCAGUCCAGCACCAAGCUUCACGGAUGUGGAGGACGCGGGUUCGAUCCAUCACAACCCCGACGAUGAUAUUGCUCUAUACAGCAGUGAAGCUGGGCCUGUCAUGCACCAUGAAGACUUCGGACACAACCGUGGUACCAGAGAGAGCGCGCCUCCUCCUGAUGAGAUCGCAUCGGGGAUAGGUACGUCUGGACGUGGAAUGUCGAGGCCGGUGAACAUGAGUGUGCAUGAUGAUAAUGAUGAUGUCGACGAUCCGCCGGUCAUGGAGUUGCAGGCUGAUCCGGCGAAUAAUAACGAGUUGAGGUUCAAUCCUGCAGCUUAAUCGGAGGAGCCGAGAUAUGCUCGCUCGAUGGGUAAAUCUUUUUGGAGUCCAUGGGGAUCGGCGUUGCGGCUGAGAUGAAUCCACUGACAUGGGCGCAGCGUCAUCCCAUGUCGAUAAAUGGGCUGCUUUUGAAUGGGCUCAGCAGGCCGCCGCCCAGGCCGCCGCCAUCAAAAGAACAGGCUAAAAGGGAGUCACAUGAAAAGGAAUGGGAUAGCCUGGAGGCAUUUGUAGAGUCCCAGAAAACGAGUUCUACCGCGCCAUUGGCAGGGUGCAGAACAACGUGUGGGACCAGCAUGCCAUGCUACGAGGUGACUGCAGAUGGGGUGCAACAAGAUUUUGCAGAAAUAGAACACAGCAGCACAAUGACGAGGUGAGAUGAACAACAGACGGUGGGGAGAAAGGCGCAGACGAGGAGGACGGCCAGGCUGAAGAGGCCGUCGUCAAUGUCGAUACACAAUGGAAGACCAUCCAUCGGCAGUUACCUACCUAGGUACCUAGAAGCAUUGUUAGCAGAGUCCAUGAGUGUGGCUAGUUGUUGGGCGCAGUCACUGUAUGAGAGUGUCUCGCCAUCUUAAACCUCGCCGGAUUUCCAUCUUC